GUGUCAGUUUUCCACUUCUUUUUGGUUCUUGGUUGUGUCUUACUUCUUCAGCAAGUUUUUAUUUCUUUCUCUAAUUUUUCCUCUCACAAACACAUUUUCCCGAGAAAAUCUAUCGCGAAAGAAAAUGUUUCUUUUUUCUCUUCAUUUACUUCCACCACCACCACCUCGACCUCCAAACGCCAUUAUCUUCGCCGUUUUUCUUGCUAUUUUUCUUCACGGCAAAAAUAAGAGAUAAAACGACGCAUUCUUGAAUACAUUCCUAUUUCUUUGGCGAAAUCUUGAUUUUAGGUUUAGGAGCUUUUUCUUGAUCUUAAUUCUUCUAAAAUCGUUCUUGUAAAGUGUAUUCCUAGUUCCGCUGUUUACCGAUUCUUGAAAACAUUCCUGCAUUUUCUAUUGAUUUCUUUGACUUGUGAUUGCGAGUGAGGAUUUUCCCGAGAAAAUGGGACAAUAUAACGGAAAUACAUCAUUCUUAAAUCCGUACAAAAGGUCAAGAAUUUCAUACACAAGAAAGUUUCUACUCUCUUUAGCCAAAGCGGGAGAUCAUAGAAAAGUAAAAUUACCUAUUCAGCUUUCAAUGUCUAGCGUGUCUGAAGAUUCAACUGGCCUAUUAUCCCCUCCUUUUUGUGAUCCAGGUUCUGUUUGUAAGCAAGGAAUGGCUCAAGAUUCUCCUGUGAAGGCUCAAGAUUCUGUUCAAGAUAAGGUCACUGUGCUGCAUAAGAGUAAUGAACCAUAUCGGCCUCCAUGUCUCAUCAAGGCAUUACCUCCUUGGACUAAAGACAUCAAUGAUUUGCUUAUCACUGACAAAUACUCAGAGUAUACAAGUCAGGAGAAAGCAAAACUAGAAAGAUGUGGAACUGUUUCUGAUCACAAUUCUGCUACAAAAUUUGCAAAAAGUGAUCAUCUUUGGGAGUCUUAUCUGUAUCUACCUGUGCAAGAGGAUAUACAGUUUUCUGACUCUGCUCCAAUGAUCCAUAGUGAAGAGGAACUACCCAUUUCAGUCACGAAGGAAAAUGCAUCCAUCCCUGAUGUCCAAAUUCAAAAGGAGUCUGAAUUAAAUUCUUCCAAUUCCAGCUUCGAUGGAAAUUUGACUUCGUCUGAUAUUCGUUUGCCUGAUGAGGACAGUUUGAUUACAUAUGAUGGACCUUUCUCGGGGCUUAAAGUGGAAAUUCCGCCUGGGAUCAAUAGUUUAUUGCCUGCCCCUGAAAGCAAUCUGACUGAAGAUGAAUUGGAUAGUCCAGGUUCAGUUUAUGACAGGAUUGUGAAGCUAGUGGAGUCUGUACUCGAAGAUGAUGAGGAUGCUGAUGAUGUUGUUUCUGCUGCUGCUGCUGCUGUUUCUGCUGUGGAUGGUGAUGAUGCUGAUGAUGAGUAUUAUUUUGAUCCUCAUAUGAAUGACGAGGAUGAUGAUGAGAGUUUUUUUGAUAGGAUGGAUGAUUUUAUGCUGAAGCUGGUGCAGCAUGGAACUAGAUUUGGUGACUUGUACCUCUCUAUGUACUCCCAACAGCCUAACCCACAGUUUUAUUCUGAUCAGAUGAAUCCAGGAAGGGAUCAUAACAAUAAAAGCUCCACUGAUCCAGCUUCAUUUUCUUUGUUCUCUGAUUCUUACCCAUCCUACAAAACUUUUCAACCUUUGCUCACAAGGUUUAGUUAUGGAGUUGGCGAUCCAAUGUUCCAAAAGGUGAUUAAUCCAAGUGAAUAUGGUAUCUGUGCAUUAUGUUUAUCACAAAGUGAGUUUCCUGCACCAGAGGUGCCUUCUUGCAUGGAGAAUCCAAGCCUAAUGCAAAAUGCUGGUUCUUGUGGUGAUGGCAAUAUCAAUCAAACACCAGUUGACCAUUCUGCGGACAUGAAACUGGAAGAAAGUAAGCUGAUGCACCCAUUCAUGGGAGGUUUCACAAGUAGACGACUUUCGACUUGAGAUGGAGGAAGGAAUAGUAGCAUGAAGAAUACAAGAUAUGACAAUGGUUUGCUUUGAAGAUUAGCAUGAAGGCUGAAAUUGCUUUAAUAGAUCUCUCCUUGUUAACUUUCUAUUUCAGUUUGAAUUGAAUUUGAUUAGACUGAUUUGAUUUUGCUUUAGAAUCUGGUCGGUUGAAUUGAAUUUUGUUGGAUUCAAUGGAUUUUGUUUUAGAUUUUGGUUACUUGAAUUGAAUUGAAUUGAAUUUGUGACUGAUA